AUGGACAUCACCAAGGUGGGUGUAGCCCGAAAAUUGCAGUUAGAGGAGCUUGAAUAUCUUAGAAUAGAGGCAUAUGAAAAUGCCCGGAUCUACAAGGAAAAGACUAAGACAUUCCAUGACCACCACAUUCGGAAGAAAGAUUUUCAAGAAGGUGACGAAGUUCUCCUCUACAACUCGAGGCUCAGAUUCAUGCCUGGAAAGCUCUGUUUAAGAUGGGAAGGUCCCUUUAAGGUGAAGGAAGUUAAACCCUAUGGUAUAGUGGAGCUGUUUGAUCCUCAAAGUAAGACAACCUUCAAGGUGAAUGGCCAUAGAGUAAAGAAGUACCAUGGCUACAAAUCACCCAAGGAAGUGGAAGUGCUCCUCCUGGAGGAUGCACCAAAAGAAGAGGAAGCUUGA